UAUCGGGUACCAGGAGCUGCAGCUGCAGCAGUCCAACCACAUACAAUCUGCUCUACCACUUGAUGCCGGUGACGGUUGAUUGCACCUUUCAGUCUUGCAUUGUACAUGUUUAUUCACCAUGGCAUCAUCGGACGAGCUGGACGAGGAAUGCGUGUUGCAGCGGGGGAGAUCUCAGAGUGACCCAAGCAGCAUCACCGAGGUCCGCUUGGGCGAAGCGCACAGAGCAGAUUUGAUGGACCAGCAGAGGGCGCUGCAUUCAGGUUGCUUGGUUUCAGGGGUUCGGACGCCUCCUAUCCGCCGCAACAGCAAGCUGGCCAGCUUAGGACGCAUCUUCAAACCCUGGAAAUGGAGGAAAAAGAAAAACGAGAAGCUGAAGCCCCCGGCAAUGGUGGAGAAGAAGGCAGCUGUACGGCAGAAGAGAGAUGACCUCGACAGGCGGAACCCCAGGGACACUGAGACAGAGUCAGAUCUUGCAUGUGGUUGCAACGGUGAAGAUCCAGACACCCCGACUCACUCUGAUAGUGAGGACAGAGAUGAGGAGCCCGUGGCACCCCUGGCCAGCACCAGUGAAGACCUGGGCAGUGAUUUAGAAGCCUCAACAGUACAAGAUGUCACUGAAGACUCACACAUGACAGUAGAUCUCGGUCAGAGUGAAGAUGGAGGAGAUGAAAGCACCUCACUAAGUGACCCUAGUGAUGAUCAGUCAAUGGGGAAGGUGGAGGCUGUUGAAGGUAAACAGGAGGUGACAACUGCCCAGCCCCAGAGAGGAGCCAGCACCUCUACUCUGCCCAGCCUGCCAGUCAAACUGCUCACCAGACUGGGCAGUCUAGACAGCGGUCCUUCAGUGCCCGUUAAGAAAUCCCCAGCCACCUUACCCAGGAACUUCACACUUCCCAAAGACCCGCAUGGCUCCCUGUUACGAGGCAGGAUCUCCACACCUACUGGGUCCCCUCACCUCGGGUCACUACACCAACAGCUGCCCCCUAGCUGCAUCAUUGAGGAACUGCACCGUGCCCUGGCCACUAAACAUAGACAGGACAGUUUCCAUACCAAGGAGGCACACUCGUCUCUGAAACGCCGGCUGGAUGGCCGUCUGUCCCGCACGUCCAGCACAGACAGGGAGCCUGCUGGGGAGUCGGAGAGCAAGAAGUCGUCUGAUGAGAACAAAGAGAACUGGCGUCUGGACGAAUACUUGAGCGACCAGGACAGCUGGAACGAGUCCGUGAUCUCUGGGACCCUCCCACGCAGGAUGAGGAAGGAGCUGCUGGCUGUGAAGCUUCGGAACCGGCCCAGCAAGCAGGAGCUGGAGGACCGCAACAUCUUCCCUGUACGCAGCGACCAGGAGCGGCAGGAAAUCCGGCAGCAGAUAGAGAUGAAGCUGGCCAAGUGAGUCGCUCUGUGCGAACAAAGAUCAGACUGCCCACCCCCAUUUGCCUGUUUGUCUGUUUCAUCACCCAGCAUCACAGUUGUGUACACUUUGGCUGCUUGUCAUUCCCCUUCCACCAUCCCCUAACAAAUUCUCAGUCAUUAAACAUGUCAUAACAGCUUUCAAUGUAAA